CCGGGAGCUGGGAGUACAGAGGGGCCCACCAUGGUGUUCCCGGGACCCCUGGCUAUCACCCUGCUGCCGCCCAGCCUCACACUGCUGGUGGUGCACCUCGCCAGCUCCCAGGAUGUCGCCAGUGAACCCAGCAGUGAGCAGCAGCUGUGCUCCCUGAGGGAACACCCCAUCGUGGCCUUUGCAGAUCUGAAGCCAUGGAUCUCUAACUUCACCUACCCUGGAGCCCAAGAUUUCUCCCAGCUAGCUCUGGAUCCCUCCAGAAACCAGCUCAUCGUGGGAGCCAGGAACUACCUCUUCAGACUCAGCCUUGCCAAUGUCUCCCUCCUUCAGGCCACAGAGUGGGCUUCCAACGAGGACACGCGCCGCUCCUGCCAAAGCAAAGGGAAGACCGAGGAGGAGUGUCAGAACUACGUGCGAGUCCUGAUUGUCACUGGCCGGAAAGUGUUCAUGUGUGGGACCAAUGCCUUUUCCCCCGUGUGCUCCAGCAGACAGGUGGGGAACCUCAGCCGGACCGUGGAGAAGAUCAACGGUGUGGCCCGCUGCCCCUACGACCCACGCCACAACUCCACAGCCGUCAUCUCCUCCCAGGGGGAGCUCUACGCAGCCACAGUCAUCGACUUCUCAGGUCGGGACCCCGCCAUCUACCGCAGCCUGGGCAGCAGGCCACCGCUUCGUACCGCCCAGUAUAACUCCAAGUGGCUCAAUGAGCCAAACUUUGUAGCAGCCUAUGAUAUCGGGCUGUUCGCGUACUUCUUGCUGCGGGAGAACGCGGUGGAGCAUGACUGUGGACGCACCGUGUACUCUCGGGUGGCCCGCGUGUGCAAGAAUGACAUGGGGGGCCGGUUCCUGCUGGAGGACACUUGGACCACGUUCAUGAAGGCCCGGCUCAACUGCUCCCGCCCGGGUGAGGUCCCCUUCUACUACAACGAGCUGCAGAGUGCCUUCCACCUGCCGGAGCAGGACCUCAUCUACGGGGUCUUCACCACCAAUGUAAACAGCAUUGCCGCAUCUGCUGUCUGCGCCUUCAACCUCAGUGCCAUCUCUCAGGCUUUCAAUGGCCCAUUUCGCUACCAGGAGAACCCCAGGGCUGCCUGGCUCCCCAUCGCCAACCCCAUCCCCAAUUUCCAGUGCGGCACCCUGCCCGAGGUGGGCCCCAACGAGAACCUGACGGAGCGAAGCCUGCAGGAUGCACAGCGCCUGUUCCUGAUGAGCGAGGCCGUGCAGCCGGUGACACCCGAGCCCUGUGUCACCCAGGACAGCGUGCGCUUCUCACACCUCGUGGUGGACCUUGUGCAGGCCAAGGAUACGCUCUACCACGUGCUCUACAUCGGCACGGAGUCCGGCACCAUCCUGAAGGCGCUGUCCACGACGAGCCGCAACCUCCGCGGCUGCUACCUGGAGGAGCUGCACGUGCUGCCCCCCGGGCGCCGGGAGCCGCUGCGCAGCCUGCGCAUCCUGCACAGCGCCCGCGCGCUCUUCGUGGGGUUGAGCGACGGCGUGCUGCGGGUGCCGCUGGAGCGGUGCGCCGCCUACCGCAGCCAGGGGGCAUGCCUGGGGGCACGGGACCCGUACUGCGGCUGGGACGGGAAGCAGCAACGUUGCAGCACGCUCGAGGACAGCUCCAACAUGAGCCUCUGGACCCAGAACAUCACAGCAUGUCCUGUGCGAAAUGUGACUCGGGAUGGGGGCUUCGGCCCAUGGUCACCAUGGCAACCGUGUGAGCACUUAGAUGGGGACAACUCAGGUUCUUGCCUGUGUCGAGCCCGGGCCUGUGACUCCCCCCGACCCCGCUGUGGGGGCUGUGACUGCCUGGGGCCAGCCAUCCACGUUGCCAACUGCUCCAGGAACGGGGCGUGGACACCGUGGUCAUCGUGGGCCCUAUGCAGCACCUCCUGUGGGAUUGGAUUCCAGGUCCGCCAGCGAAGUUGCAGCAACCCUGCUCCGCGCCACGGGGGCCGCAUCUGCGUGGGCAAGAGCAGGGAGGAACGGUUCUGUAACGAAAACACGCCUUGCCCGGUGCCCAUCUUCUGGGCCUCCUGGGGCUCCUGGAGCAAGUGCAGCAGCCACUGUGGGAGCGGUGUGCAAUCGCGGCGUCGGGCCUGUGAGAACGGCAACUCCUGCCCGGGCUGCGGCGUGGAAUUCAAGACUUGCAACCCUGAAGGCUGCCCCGAAGUGCGGCGCAACACGCCGUGGACGCCCUGGCUACCGGUGAACGUGACCCAAGGCGGGGCGCGGCAGGAGCAGCGCUUCCGCUUCACGUGCCGCGCGCCACUGGCCGACCCCCACGGGCUGCAGUUUGGCCGGAGGAGGACGGAGACCCGAACCUGCCCCGCGGACGGCUCUGGAGCCUGCGACACGGACGCCUUGGUGGAGGAGCUCCUGCGCAGCGGGGGCACCUCCCCGCACACGGUGAGCGGGGGCUGGGCCGCCUGGGGCCCGUGGGCCUCCUGCUCUCGGGACUGUGGGCUGGGCUUCCGCGUCCGCAAGAGAACAUGCACGAACCCGGAGCCCCGCAGCGGGGGCCUGCCGUGCGUGGGUGACGCUGCCGAGUACCAGGACUGCAACCCCCAAGCUUGUCCAGUGCGGGGUGCCUGGUCCUGCUGGACCUCUUGGUCUCCAUGCUCAGCCUCCUGCGGUGGCGGCCACUAUCAACGCACCCGUUCCUGCAGCAGCCCCCCCCCCUCCCCGGGUGAGGACAUCUGUCUCGGGCUGCACACGGAGGAGGCGCUGUGUGCCACACAGGCCUGCCCAGAAGGCUGGUCGCCAUGGUCUGAGUGGAGUGCAUGCACGGAGGAUGGAGUCCAAAGCCGUGGCCGGCACUGCGAGGAGCUGGUCCCCGGGCCCAGCGCUUGUGCUGGAAACAGCAGCCAGAGCCGCCCCUGCCCCUACAGGGAGAUUCCCGUGAUCCUGCCUGCCUCCAGUAUGGACGAGGCCACUGGCUGUGGAGGGUUCAGUCUCCUCCACCUGGUGGCCACAGGCAUCUCCUGCUUCCUGGGCUCUGGGCUGCUGACCUUGGCGGUGUACCUGUCCUGCCAGCACUGCAGGCACCAGUCCCAGGAGUCCACGCUCGUCCAUCCCGCCACCCCCAACCACCUGCAUUACAAGGCGGGGGGUGCCCCCAAGAAUGAGAAGUACACACCCAUGGAAUUCAAGACCCUGAAUAAGAAUAACCUGAUCCCCGAUGACAGAGCCAACUUCUACCCAUUGCAGCAGACCAAUGUAUACACAACCACCUACUACCCGAGUCCAUUGAACAAACACAGCUUCCGGCCUGAGGCCUCACCUGGACAACGGUGCUUCCCCAACAGCUGA